CUAACACACAAUUCGUUGAUUCAUCAUAUCUCCUCUUCAUUAAUGAAUGGCCUCGUCGACUCUUCUCGAGAUAAGAAGAUGAAAAAUCCGCGAUUUUCGUUUCGCACAAAGAGUGAUGCAGAUAUUCUCGAUGAUGGUUAUCGAUGGAGAAAGUACGGUCAGAAAUCCGUCAAGAACAGCUUGUAUCCCAGGAGCUAUUAUAGAUGCACACAACACAUGUGUAACGUGAAGAAGCAAGUUCAGAGGCUGUCGAAGGAGACGAGCAUUGUGGAGACAACUUAUGAAGGAAUCCAUAACCAUCCUUGUGAGGAGCUCAUGCAAACCCUAACUCCUCUUCUUCAUCAAUUGCAGUUCCUCUCUAAGUUCACCUAAUUAUGUUUGUAUAUAUAUUAACGUUCUAAGAGCAUCUCCAAUGGAAGUAUCUCAAUGAGAUACCUAACAAAAGAAAAAAAAUUAAAAAAAAAAUAUGAGAGAAGGGAGAAAAAGUAGGAGAGAAGGAGAGUUAAAUUUCUCGGAUGAUUGGACAGGUGUAAUCACACUAUUAGUUCAACUAUUAAAUAAUAAUUAAUGUAUCUGUUUUGAUUAAAAUAUUAAUUAAUAUGUUUUUGAGAAACUUUCUUUAUUUUUA